CAGCAGCCCAUAUAUCAUUCUAGGUACGACCUUCCGCGCGCUCCCCAAGUCUUUCGUUUAGUACCUCUGAGCGCGAUCUCACCGUCACCGCAUGAUCGGUGAUGUUGAUGUCUAAAUAUACCGGAGCUGUUCAGGUUUGGAAGGUAAUGUACUGAGCGCUCCACAAGCUUCACCGUUGUGUUAUAAAAGUUGAAACUUCAAGCUGACUCUCACAAGCUCCCCAGCCCCAGCACACUCAGGCUCUGCUGAUCCACCAUGAAGCUCCAGUUCCUCGCUUCCUUUCUAUCUCUUGCGGCCUCUCUUGUAGCGGCGCAGACAUACCCCAAUCCAAUCGCCGGAAGUGAGGAUAUUUCCGUCCGGGAUCCCUCCAUCUGGUACAACUCAGAUACUGGGAAAUACUACGUUUUCGCCACUGGGGGACUUAUCACCACCUACACCAGUACCUCUCUCAGCGGACCAUGGACGAAUGCGGGAACGGCUCUUUCCGCCUGCGCCAUCGUUGACAGUCCGGGUAAUUGCGACCUCUGGGCACCCGAUAUUAACUACUUUGACGGAGAAUAUGUGCUGUACUACGCCGCUUCUACACUUUCAAGCCAAAUCUCGGUAAUUGGUGUCGCUACAAGUCCUUCCAUGGAGCCUGGUACCUGGACGGACCAUGGCGAGGUCAUAAGCUCUACGACCGGAGAUGUUUACAACGCUAUCGACGCGAACCUCAUCAUCACGAAUGGUGGUCUGCAACUUUCGUUCGGAAGUUGGCAACAAGGGAUCUAUCAGAUUGGGCUUUGGCCCGACGUAGAGACGCAAGCCUCCGCUCUCCCCGGAACGCACCUUGCUGGCGCCGACGAUCGCCCAGCUGAGGGUGGCUUCGACUACAAGCCCGCUAGCUCAGACUUAUGGUUCUUCUUCUUUUCUGACGGUAUUACACCUCUCCAAGGCGAUACUACUCGUCCGGCCGCAGGUGACGAGUACAAGGUCCGCGUCGGGCGCGGUUCCUCUAGCCAGGGUCCAUUCUACGACCUACCUGGAGAUGUGUUGACUGAAGACCUUGACCCACCGACUGGUAAUAUUAUCUUGCCGUCGCAUGACAACAUUUAUGCCCCAGGUGGCCAGAGUGUUUUCGCUGACCCAGUCAGCGGCAGGGAUGUCAUGGUCUACCACUACGUACGUGAGGACGAGGUCGGUGGCGCGUCGUACCUCGGCAUCAACUACCUCGACUUCUCGUCUGGGUGGCCCGUCGUUGUCGACUAGAGAGACGCUUCUCCUUUAUUAUGAUUCAUCAUGGGCUCUAGUAUACGGAUUAAUACGAUCAGUUUCUAACGGGGUCUCGUAGUAUUGGGUUGCACUAGCUACGGCCUUUGACGAUGCGUUGGAUGUAUAAUAUAUACCAGAAUUGAAGGAUAUUUAUU